GGAGAUGCCUGUCCCAACCGAGCUGCCAUCGCCCACCUCGCCCGCUGAGGAUGAGGCAAACACCAUCACGGAGCACCAGCCUACGAGAACGGUUUCGCAGCCAGUGCAAAGCUUUCCAACCGUGGCAAGCGGGCAGGCACUGGAGCCUCCGCCUGCCUCGGGGCGGAUGUCUUCAGCCUUGAUGUCAUCAGGUUUGGUGGACAGCAGUGCGCCCAUCGAUUCACCCAGUGUGGCAGUGCCAACCGAGUUGCCAACUCCAACGUCACCACUGGGAGAGGCCACGGUGGAAGCCACGGUGGAAGCCACGAUCAAUGUGCCCACCUUGAUGCCUCUGCCAAGUGAGCAGCCGUCCGUGCCCACGCGCACGCGCGAGGAACCCACUGCCGAACUACCCAUCUUCGCAGCACGGCUAACUGCAGCCACUGCGCGGGCGCAGGUGACUGAACGGGAUCCCUCCGAUCCCCUCGCUGCAGAACCGGCGAAGUCGCCCACAGAGAUGCCACAGAUGGAUGCAGAGAGGAG